UCUCCAAUAUUCCUUUGCACAAAAGGAACCAUGUGCCUGUCCCAGUUUUGGAUGCUACGCUGUUCCAAAUCCAAUGUCACAGCUUCCACUUUCUCUUCUCUUUGCAAGUUGCAACCUCUGAACUGAAACGAACUCUCAAGCCUCAACUGAGUCAUAGUUUUCAGAUCAUGUUUCAAGGUGUUCUCAACUUCAUCAAGUAGUUGGUUUGUGGAACAAGUUCAUUUAUUUGAUUGUUGCCCUUAAAAUCAAGGGCAAACCUGAACUCAGAAGCGAGUGAGUGCGUGGCCAGAAUGGCGAGAGGGCGAGCAGAUGGGAGCCCGAGAAAACGGUUGGUCACGAUUAUGUUGGUUUUCGUGACUAUUGGUGGUUUGAUUUACUUGUAUUCUCAGAAUAGCAGCGAGUCUUCGGCUGUUAACAAAUCUUUGAAACAAUUUAGCUGGAAGGGGGAUGGAGUUAAUGAUGAAUCUUCAUCCGGAACCAGUGUUGUACCAAAGACCAUUCCAGUCUGCGAUGAUCGUCUAUCGGAACUCAUUCCAUGCCUAGACAGAAAUCUCAUAUACCAAACAAGAUUGAAGCUUGAUUUGAAUUUGAUGGAGCAUUAUGAACGACAUUGCCCAAUGCCCGAGAGGCGUUAUAAUUGUUUGAUUCCCCCUCCUCCAGGGUACAAGGUUCCAAUCAAGUGGCCAAAAAGUAGAGAUCAGGUAUGGAAGGCAAAUAUACCUCAUACCCAUCUUGCAACUGAAAAAUCUGACCAGAACUGGAUGGUUGUAAAAGGCGAAAAGAUUGUUUUUCCUGGUGGAGGAACUCACUUUCAUUACGGUGCCGAUAAAUAUAUUGCAUCAAUUGCCAAUAUGCUCAACUUCCCAGAUAAUAAUAUAAACAAUAGAGGAAGGCUCCGCAACGUUUUUGAUGUUGGCUGCGGUGUUGCAAGCUUCGGAGGAUACCUACUUUCUUCUGAUGUAAUUGCAAUGUCAUUAGCACCAAAUGAUGUUCAUGAAAAUCAAAUCCAGUUUGCUUUAGAGAGAGGAAUUCCGGCAUAUCUUGGUGUUUUAGGAACUAAAAGACUACCGUACCCUAGUAGAUCAUUUGAACUUGCUCAUUGUUCUCGUUGUAGAAUUGAUUGGCUUCAAAGGGAUGGUAUUCUUCUUCUUGAGCUGGAUAGACUGCUUCGGCCAGGAGGCUACUUCGCCUACUCAUCUCCUGAAGCUUAUGCUCAAGAUGAAGAGGAUAAGAGAAUUUGGAAAGAAAUGAGUGCUCUUGUGGAGCGGAUGUGUUGGAAAAUAGCUGCUAAGAAGAACCAAACUGUUAUAUGGGUGAAGCCACUUACAAACGAUUGCUACUUAAGAAGAGAGCCCGAUACUCGGCCACCGCUUUGCAAAUCCAAUGAUGAUCCUGAUGCUGUUUGGGGAGUUAAUAUGGAAGCUUGCAUCACACGUUACUCUGAUCAAAUGCACAAAGCAAGAGGAAGCGGUUUGGCUCCUUGGCCGGCACGAUUGACGACCCCUCCUCCUCGUCUUGCCGACUUCAAUUAUUCUGCCGAUUUUUUUAACAAGGACAUGGAAGUUUGGCAACAACGAGUCAAUGAUUAUUGGACCGUGCUUGGCAAUAAAAUUAAGCCUGACACGAUCCGGAAUGUGAUGGACAUGAAGGCAAAUUUAGGUUCAUUUGCUGCUGCUUUGAAGGACAAAGAUGUUUGGGUUAUGAAUGUGGUGCCAGAAAAUGGGCCAAACACACUGAAGAUAAUAUACGACAGAGGACUGUUGGGAACGGUUCACAACUGGUGCGAAGCAUUUUCGACCUACCCUCGUACAUAUGACCUACUCCAUGCGUCAACUAUAUUUUCUGAUAUCAUUGAGAAGGAAUGCAGUCCGGAAGAUUUACUAAUUGAGAUGGAUAGAAUCCUCCGGCCGAAGGGUUUCAUCAUCGUCCACGAUAAGCGGUCAGUGGUGCUGGCAAUAAAGAAAUUCUUGCCGGCGUUGCACUGGGAGAAAGUGGCCAUAUCUGGUGAGGAUGACGAUGCCAUAUUGAUCAUUCAAAAGAAGAUUUGGUUGACAAGUGAGAGCAUCAGGGUUUCAGAAUAGUGACAUAUAGUCAUAUACUACUAUCAAUGAAGAUGGAUGGCAAUCUUGUUCUUUCACUUGGAAGUGUAAAAUGGAAGCAAUACUGAGUGCAAAGAUGGCUUAUAGCUCUUUUUUCCCUAUGCUUUAGGUGUGUUCUUUUUCCCUCCUUUAUAUGUUAUUGGGUUAUUCUUAUUCUCGUGAGUAGCUUGAGUUGUAAUGAAAGCUCAACCAAAUCAUGGUCCUUGAAUUUUUGCAUGCGAACAUUGUAACCAUGAUGUCAUUAUUGAGGAAAUUAGAGGAAUCUGGGUAAUUAUACUGUUUCGAAACUAAUUUGAACAAAGUACGGGAUAUAUUAACAAUGUUUACAUGGAUUACCAUUUAGGUUUUUAUUUUGUGGAGAGAUGGUGUAAAAGUAUUAUUAUAUCCAUUUAUGCAUUAACUAUUAGUGUUU